AUGUGGGUAUUUAUGGUCAACACGCUGCAGCAACAGCAGCAGCAGCAGCAGAAAUCGAGGUGUAAAGCUGACGGGAUGCUGGAUACCUACAUAUCUGGCUCUGCAGCGGAGGCAGAUGUGGAUCCUGCUGCCGGGUCCGAAGCUGUGGCGAUCCGUGAUCUCGUUCUCCGUAUGUGUGUAUGGAAGGGUGGGAGGCAAAAGGAAAUGGAUGCCCCUGUCUUUUGGCUUUGUCGUGACUUCCACGACGUCAAGGGCCGCAUGAGGGGCCAUGACACCUCUCGUCGCCCGGGGUCAUGUUUGUCUUCCUUUUCCGCACACAUUCGAUACCAGCUGCAACACCGGCUCGCCAAGACGCCAGCUCUCCCUACCCACCUGGGGGCAGUUAAUACGGGGAGAAAGGAAGUUGCGGCGGUGGCAGCAGUUUUAUGGUUAUUCUUACUACCUAUCUUGAUGCUUUCUGGGGGUUUCAAGAACUCUGGUUACAACGAAGAACUCCGCACUUGUCAGGCUUAUGAACGGCUCUUGAUAUUCGAAUGGGACGUUAUUUAUGAGGAUAUGGAUGAUGAGACCAUCCACCAGUCGCGAACCGAAGCAUUCCAACAUGUCUAG